AUGGGAGACAGCCUUGCUCCCAUAGCCGGUCACCGCUCCUCUACUUCUCGUCCCUUUGCUUCUCCCAGAGCGCCACCAUCUGCUCCCUCGAUCGAGCUUGAGACCUUUGACCCCAGUCACCCGUUUCCUUUGUAUAGCAGUGAGAAGGGCGCACAGAGAUUGUGCAAGCGACUUCGAAAACUCGAAGAACUCGCCGAAAGAGAAGAGAUGAAGUUCUCCCACAGCAUCCAGUUCAACGCUGUUCCGGACUGGAGCAGCCACUAUAUCUCCUACAGCAACCUCAAGAAGCUCAUCUAUACUCUCGAGAAACAAAUCAAUAACCCUCCGGGCGAGGCUCAAGAUGAGGAAAACACCUCCCUGCUCGGCGGGUCGCUCGACCCCGACCCCAUCUUCAAGCGCAUGCUUGAUUCCGAACUCGACAAAGUAUGCUCUUUUUACCGUUUAAAAGAGUUGGAGAUCUUCGGCGAACUGGACCAGUUCCUGAAAGACGCCGAAGACUACAAGGCCGAGACACAAAAUGUCAACAUGGACGAUGUUGUCGCGACGGAAGGGCAGCGCAGGACGUCCCGGUCGCAGAGCGUCUUCAACGUCCCGUUCCGGCGAAAGAGGAGGGCCUCUACCAUGAGCGUGAGCUUCGAGGAGCCUGUCCAGGUGGACGACAGCGAUAGUGACGCGGAGGACAAUGCAGCCAUGCUGAAGAAGAGGCCUUCAAUGAAACAGAAGAGCAAGAGUGCAUUUCAGACAGGGCCCGAUUAUUCUGGCAUGGCCGAAUCACGCGAAGACCUCCGAGCGCCCGAUACCACACCCUCGUUCCUGAGAAGGAGACCCAGUCUGGCACUCGAGCUGGACGCCAGCGAUCCGGGCCAAGUGUCGGCAUUGUAUGAUACAGGGAUUAACAUAAAGAAACGAGCAGUCAGUCUGUACGUUUCGUUGUGCGAGCUGAAGUCGUUCAUCCAGCUCAACCAGACCGGCUUCAAGAAGGCGACCAAAAAGUACGACAAAGUCUGCAACCGCAAUAUCAGGAAGGACUAUAUGGAAAAAGUGGUCAACCCCUCAUACCCCUUCCAGGAAACCACGCUGGCCCACCUCGACGAGAAUAUCGCAAAGGUGGAGAAGGUGUACGCCGAUGUUGUGACAAAAGGAGACCAGGAUAUGGCCAGACGGGAGCUUCGCCUUCAUCUCCGUGAGCAUGUGGUCUGGGAGCGGAACACGGUGUGGCGGGAAAUGAUUGGAAUCGAACGCAAAACCCAAGCUGCCAACUUCGGCAUCAGACAGACGCUCCUUGGUGCCCCGGAUCCUUCACAAGUACGACUGCAGGGAGACCGGGACACCUCUGAGACGAAGGAAAUCGUAACACCUGUGGGCCGAUACAGGUGUCCCAGGUGGCUUUUCAGCUCGACCUUCUUCACCUUGAUCGCGAUUCUCGCAGUGUUCCUGGUCCUGCUGCUCGUCCCUAUUCUGAAGAAGCCGGAGCAGCAGAAUUGCCUCGCAAUGCUGGUCUUCGUGUCGCUACUUUGGGCCACAGAAGUCAUUCCUCUCUUUGUCACCUCAUUGCUCAUUCCAUUCUUGGUCGUCGUCCUCCGAAUCAUGCGCUCUGACGACAAGCCUCACGAAAGACUCGACUCGAAGACGGCGACCAAGGCCGUCUUCGCUGCCAUGUGGACCCCCGUCAUCAUGCUACUCCUUGGUGGCUUCACUAUAGCCGCCGCCCUUUCCAAGUACCAUAUCGCCAAAAUGAUGGCUACAUUCGUCCUCAGCAAAGCCGGCACCAAGGCGAGGACUGUGCUCAUCACGAACAUGUUUGUCGGCAUGUUCUUGAGCAUGUGGAUCUCGAACGUUGCAGCACCUGUGCUGUGUUUUAGUAUCAUCCAGCCCAUGCUCCGGAAUCUCCCUGCCGACAGCAACAUGUCCAAAGCUUUGAUCUUGGGCAUUGCAUUGGCGUCCAACAUCGGCGGGUCAGCCUCGCCGAUCGCAUCGCCGCAAAACAUCAUCGCGCUGCAGAACAUGAAGCCCAGCCCGAGCUGGGGGGUCUGGUUCUUUGUGGCCCUGCCGGUCUGCAUCAUCAGCAUCAUUCUCAUCUGGCUCUUGUUGCUCGUCUCAUUCAAACCGGGCCGAGGCACGACCAUCGUCCCCAUCCGACCCAUGAACGACAAACUCAACGGCGUCCAGUACUUCAUCAUCUCUGUUACGCUCAUCACCAUCGUGCUGUGGUGUACUUCGCAUCAACUCGAAGGCAUCUUUGGCGAUAUGGGCGUCAUCGCCAUCAUCCCUAUGGUCCUCUUCUUCGGCACGGGCAUCUUGACCAAAGAAGACUUCAACAAUUUCCUCUGGACGAUCAUCAUCCUCGCCGCCGGUGGCUUGAGUCUCGGCCGCGCCGUCUCCUCGUCCGGGCUGCUGCAUACCAUCGCCAAAGGCAUCACGGAGAACGUGCAAGGUCUGUCAGUCUACGGCGUCCUCGUGGUCUUUGCCGGUCUUGUACUGGUCGUGGCCACCUUCAUCUCCCACACGGUCGCCGCUUUGAUCAUCCUCCCCCUCGUCCAGCAGGUCGGCGCGAGUAUGGCGGAGCCGCAUCCGAACUUGUUGGUCAUGGGCAGCGCGUUGAUGUGUAGCGCUGCCAUGGGGUUGCCGACCUCUGGGUUUCCGAACAUGACUGCCAUCAUGAUGGAAGUCCCCGAAACAGGCGUCCGAUAUCUCCAUGUCAAACACUUCCUUACACGUGGCAUCCCGGCAUCCAUUCUAACCUUUGGCGUUGUCGUCACAGUGGGAUAUGGUUUGAUGAUCGCGGUAGGGUUAUAA